AUGUCCAGAAUCCUCACUGUAUUCGGUGCCACUGGCAACCAGGGUGGUUCGGUCAUCAAGCACAUCCUCGCAGAUCCAGUCCUCUUUAAGACCUUCAAGAUCCGCGGCAUCACUCGUGACAUUUCCAAGCCCGCAGCUCAAGCUUUGGCUAAUCAGGGUGUCGAUAUGAAGGCUGCUGACUUGAGCAGCAAAUCUUCCGUCACAGAGGCUCUGCAGGGAUCCGACACUGUUUUCCUCGUCACCAACUAUUGGGAGAGUGCCAAGUACGACGUGGAGUUUAGCCAAGGCAAGAACGUCGCAGACGCCGCAAAAGAAGUUGGUGUCCAACACCUGAUCUUUUCUUCGUUGUUGCAUGUUGGCAAGGUUACAGAAGGUCGCCUUUCACAUGUUCCCCACUUCGAGGCGAAGGCAGACAUUGAGCAGUACAUCAAAGCCAGCGGCGUCCCCGCCUCAUUCUACUUGCCCGGCUACUUCAUGUCCAAUUUCCAUAUGAUGGUGCAGAAGGGCGAAGAUGGAUCCCUGAGUCUCGCCCUGCCGGUUGGCAAGGACGCAAAGUUCCCGCUCAUUGACGCCGCCGAAGAUACCGGCAAAUUUAUCAAAGCUAUCAUCAAGAACCGUGAUGCUACCCUUGGCAAGCAGCUUCUCGGCGCUGAGAAAUACUAUACAGCCGAGCAGAUUUUGUCUGAGCUUGAGGCCACCACUAGCAAGAAGACGAACUACAUCCAGUUGUCAGCUGAGCAGUACAAGAGCUUUCUGCCAAGCUUCAUGGCGGAAGAGAUGCUGGAAAACCACCUGUUUGUCGAGAAUCCAGGCUACUACAAUGGCGCGGAGCUCGAUGAGAGCCAUGAGAUCUUGGAGGACAAGCUCAUCACUUGGAAGGAGUACAUCGUCAAGAGUGGCGCCUUCUAA